AUGGAGCCUGGUCCUGACGCGCCUGCUGGUGGCGGAGGAACCAGUAGUACUGCGCCAGCGGAAGCCGGGCCGUCGCCGUCGCCGUUGUCGUCCUCGGCCGCCGCCGCAGCAGCCUCGUCGUCGAGCCGGCAGCAGGCAGAGCAGGAAGGGCCGCCGCAGCAACAAGCCGGAGCACAGCAGCUGAGGCAACAGCCGGCAGCAACCCCAGCGCCGGCGGCCCAGGCGGCUCAGCCGCAGCCACUGGCGCAGCAGCCUCCGCCUCCGCCGCCACCGGCGGGGCUGAGCCGGUACGAGUCGCAGAAGCGGCGCGACUGGAACACGUUCCUGCAGUACCUGCGGAACCACAAGCCGCCGCUGACGCUGGCGCGCUGCAGCGGCGCGCACGUCAUCGAGUUCCUCCGCUACCUGGACCAGUUCGGCAAGACCAAGGUGCACGCCGAGGGCUGCGCCUACUUCGGCCAGCCCAACCCGCCGGCGCCCUGCGCGUGCCCGCUGCGCCAGGCCUGGGGCAGCCUCGACGCGCUCAUCGGACGCCUCCGCGCCGCGUACGAGGAGUCGGGGGGCCGCCCGGAGUCCAACCCGUUCGCGGCCAAAGCCGUGCGCAUCUACCUGCGCGACGUAAGGGAGGCGCAGGCCAAGGCGCGCGGCAUCCCCUACGAGAAGAAGAAGCGCAAGCGAGGGAGCGCGGCAGCUCCUCCAGUCGCGCCGCCUCCUGUUGUAACCGCAGGGACGACGUCAGGGGCCGCCGGCGGUGAGGAGGAGGACGACGACGACGACGAACCAUCGCCGUCUGCAGGUGAACCACAACAGCCGGCGUCCGCCUCGGCUCCUCCUCCUGCAAGUACUUCCAGCGCUAGUGCAAGUAGUAGCAGUGCCGCCGCGGCCACGACGACGACGACGACAAGGAAGGAGGAAGAAGGAUCCGCGCCAAGCUCGUGA